GCGCUUUUCUUCAUUUUGAUUUUCGAUCGGUUGAGAACUCGGAGCGUCGAGAGGGAGUGUCAGAGAGAAGGGAUUCACUUUUCAGAGCAUUCGAAGCUGGGUUUCUAGGGUUCCGCUAAUUUUCUAGCCGCUUCGCAUGGUUUUGAUCUGAGUUUUGAAGCAGAGGAUAUCGAAAUUCAAAGUUAUUCUGGUGGAUUUUUUAUCUCUGAAGAGGAUCUCGAUAUCAAGUUACUCUGGUGGAUUUUCGAUCUCUGAAGGUAUGAAGUAGGAUUCUCAGAGAGGCAGAGCUAAGUUUUGUAACAGAGGAUCUCGAAAUUCAAGUUACUCUGGUGGAUUUUCGAACUCUGAAGGUCCUUUUUCUGUGUCUACCACCGGAAUCCAGACAGUGGAACAAGAAGGAAGACCAACACACUGUUUUUUAUUGGCGAGUGUGCUGCAUUUGGAUCCUACAUCUCGUAUCUUGUUGUGAAGAUUGUUUCUAAAGGCUUAAAUGAGGUGCAAUGCAUGCUGGCGCGAACUGGAAGGGCGUGCAAUAACAACCACCUGCGGCCACAUCUUGUGUAUCCACUCUGAUAUUCCUAAAUUAGUCCACCAUUUGCAGAGAUAAAAAUUUCUUUGUUCGUAAUGAGUAAAUAUUUACUCCUUCAAAGGGAUUCUUUAAUUAAGGAGAACAAAGGUACUGAAGAUGCAAGCAAGAUCCUCAGCAAUGAUGCAGCAUGCCCUAUUUGUGAUCAAGUGCUCUCUAAAAGCCUUAUGAAGCCUGUGGAAAUGAAUCCAAAUGAUGAAUGGCUAAAUAUGGCCAUGGCUGGACUAUCUCCACAGCUCUUAAUGAAGAGUUCAUACCGAAGUGUAAUGUUCUUCAUUGGGCAGAAGGAACUGGAGAUGCAAUACAAGAUGAACAAAAUAGUAGCACAGUGUCGGCAGAAAUGUGAGGCCAUGCAAGAAAAGUUCACCGAAAAACUGGAGCAGGUGCAUACAGCAUACCAGAAAAUGGCCAAAAGGUGCCAAAUGAUGGAGCAAGAGAUUGAGAGUUUAUCCAAAGAUAAACAAGAACUCCAAGAAAAGUUUUCUGAGAAAUCCAGACAGAAGAGAAAACUUGAUGAGAUGUAUGACCAAUUGAGAAGUGAGUUUGAGUCAUUAAAACGAUCAGCAAUCCAACCUGCAAGCAAUUUCUAUCCUAGAGCUGAACCUGACCUAUUUGCAAGUCCAGCCAAUAUCAUGGAUAACAGAGAUCCCCUCAGACAAGAUCGACGGGUUUCCACUCCUGAAACUCCAGGACCAAGAGAGGAUAUAUGGCCUCAGGCAAGGCAGAAGAACUCCAACUCUGGCAAUUAUGAUGUUUGUGGCAGCUCACCAGCAAAACAACAAUCGGUUUACCGUGAAGUUGGAAAUAAAAGGCCUGGUGGUCGCCCUCUUUUUGGGGUGGGGACAGGUGCGGGGGCUGGAGGUAGUAACCCUUCCAUGACAUUACGAAAUCUCAUUCUCUCACCAAUGAAGCGACCUCAGCUCUCCCGUAGCAGUCGUCCUCAAAUGUUCACGUUCUAGGCUGGAACUUGGAGAGUCAUUGAUCGCUGGAUUUAUCUUCAAUUCUUUGUUACCAGCCUUCUCUUUCCACCAUGAACAAGAAUUCAAAUAACAAACAGUCACGAAUUCUACCUCAGCAAUUUUGCUUCUCGUCAAGACUGCUCAGGAAGGAAGAGCUUCAGAAGGCUACAUUGUAAAGAGUUUAGGUACUGUGCAAGUAAAUUUACUGUUUUGAAAGUAACCAUUUUCUACCCCCAAAAAAAAAAAAAGUAACCAUUUGUAGAAGAACAUUAUGGCAUUAGGAGGAACAACAUCAACAUCAGAUAAUUUGAAACAAA